CAGCGCGCUGGUGUGCGGGAGGAACAGAAGAUAAUCUAUAGAAGUACAUCACCACCUAUUUGCGUAUCUGACUGUCUUUUCUUUGCAUCGCCGCGUGUACCGUUUGAUCUAAUUUGAUGGUUUAAUUCCCAGCGGGGCAUCAUCUGCAGUCUGUGUAUCCGUUGAGGAGAGAGAAUAAAGAUCAUAAUAAAUAUCCGCUUCUACAGUGUCUGUGGAUGGGCUGCGGACAUCUGCAUCUGCAGUCUCUGUUUUUGAGUCACUAAGAAGAUGGCGGACAGGGCAGAGAUGUUUUCUCUCUCCACCUUCCACUCCCUCUCUCCUCCAGGAUGCAGGCCAGCUCAUGACAUCAGUCUGGAGGAGUUUGAUGAUGAAGAUUUGUCUGAGAUCACAGAUGACUGUGGCAUAGGCCUCAACUAUGACUCUGACCCUUAUGAAAAGGACUGUCUGAUUUUGGAAAAGAAUGAUUUCCACCACCCUGUGUGCUCAUUUCAAGAUGAUUUCCAAGAGUUUGAGAUGAUUGAUGAUGAAGACGAUGAUGACGAGGAAGAAGAGGAAGCAGAUCCUGAUGCCCCUUCCUCACCGUCGGCAUCUCCUCCCCCCUCACCUACUCUUGACACUCUUAAGAGCCGCCCGACUACUCUAAACCUGACUGCACCAGUUUCACAGGACUCUCUGAAUAACAACAGUAAUGUGCCAUCACGAAAGUCAAGCUGGCAGGAUUCUCUUCGAAACCUUACUUCACAGGGCUGUUUGUCUCCAAACCACUCUUGCCUUGAAGAUGGAUCCCAUGUGACUGCCACAUGUCCAGGAGCUCCAGGCACCACCGGCUCUGCCAAAGUUACACCCUCAAACCCACCAGGACAGUGUGGUCUCCAUCAGUCACCGGGCAGACCCCUACUCUAUGACUUUGAGGGCAACCGACGAGAAAGACCGGAAUAUGGCUCCUUUUGUCAGCAUAACUCCUCUGGCGGCUCUGAAGUCACUGAGGUGAAACCUGAUAUUGAGGAUACCACCCUAAGCGAGCUUGUCCCCUCGACAGAUGACUGUACUUCCCAGUGCUCUGACACCGAGGUUGACCAUGAUCUGAAUGGCCACGGCAAACGUCAGACUUGCUGCUCUCGACCCACCAAUGACACUUACACCGUUAACUCGGAGACAGCUGACGACCCAGAGCUGGAAAACGACGGGACCAGCAGAUGUUUCUCCUCAACUGCACCUCUUGGCAACGAAGCUGAGACACCGCUGUCGGACGAGGAGCUGGACAAAGAGUUUGACAUUGACUUCAUGGGCAAGGAGACCUACGAUCAAACCUGUGUGGAUGCUAAGGGAUAUGUGGAGUUUCCCUGCAUCGAACCCAUCGAGUUAGUUUCUGUCUCUAGCUACGUAUCGUCCAGUCGAUCAGACGUCCUUGACGCUGUUGAUGAACCUCGAGAUAUGCUUCAGGGUCGGCCUGCCGCUGCUCCUGAUGCUGCGGAUGACACAACAUCUCCUUCCUCAGAUCCUGGAAUUGCUGAUAUGAAUGCCAAGCAUUACACAGAGUCAGACCGUCACAGCGAUGACCUUAGUUCUCCUGGUUCAGACUCUGAUAUUGAAGGUGAACUUGAGGCUGCAUUUACAUGCGAUGGUCCACUUGCUAGCAACAUGAUUUCAUCCAUUUCAGAGACAGAACUAGACCUGACAAGUGAAUCCAGCAGUGGACGCUCCUCGCAUCUCACCAAUUCCAUUGAAGAAGCCAGUUCCCCAACCUCUGACCCAGAAAUUGACCAGGAGCUGGACACCGAGCAGGACAGUGGGAUUAUAGGUCUGAAGGCAUCCCUUCUUCUGGGCCAUCCUGAGCCAAUUAAACAAGACCAUUCGCCAGCUCUAGAUCCCAGUCCACUGGAUGACGGCCAAGCUCUGAUAGGUCUGCAGAAUGUAGAUGAUGAACAGGGUUACGAGCACCAAGCUGAUCCUGACGAGACUCUUCCCCCUGCCAUCCCCUGCGAAGACAGCAGCUCUCAGCAGUUGCUGCUCAAGAUUGAGCCCGACCACAGUCUCGAAAGCUUCAAACGCUCCUUCUACUUGCCGGUCGGCCCCAAACUCAUGCCCUCAGUGGAUGACUACGAUGGCAACAGCGAGGGCGAUUCUGACUCUGAGUCGGAGGACGAGCUCAGUGAAAACUCAGACUCUCCUUGGCUUCUCAGCAACCUGGUCAACAGGAUGAUCUCGGAAGGCUCCUACCCAAUCAACUGCCCAGAAGACUGCUUCAAAAUCUCAGCCUCCAUCUCGGACACCAUCUCACCCUCGUCUGACCUGGAAACAGAUGCUUUCAACGAGACAGAUGGGUGCAAUUCGCAAAAGCAGAAAUCUGAAAAGUUAGAGGAGGUGACUUUUGAAAGAGCAAAGGUUACUGAGGACAAAGAAAAGGAGAAAGAAGACUUCUGUACGGAUAGUAAGAGAACAGACUCUUGUCUGUAUAUGAGCAACCCAAAGAAUUAUGAAUCUGAGGAACUUGCAUCCAACAAAUCCUCGAAAAACAAACAAAAAGAGGAAGAAGAGCUGCCAAAUAAUGACUUGAUGAUGGAGAGAAUGAAGGAGCUCGACUCUCCUAGCUUGAGCGAGAGCAUCAUCAGCGACAAGGAUGAGGGGCGGGAGACGAGUGUCGAUCAACUCACUUUGCAGCGAAUCACGGAGGUGAAAAACAGCCUCACGCUGGAUCUCCCGACAGCACAGACCAAUCACUGUUUCAGUCUCACUUACUCAACCGAUAAUGAUGACGAUGAACAGGAUGCAUCUCCUUUUCUGGAGGAUCUUCAUAAGGUACCUUCACCAUAUGGAAGCGAGACUUACUUGGACAGUUCCCCACCUAUUGACGAGAGUGUGCGAGAGUUGAGGAAUGUUACUUCUGAGCAUGUACAUGGGCGGCCAGUCGAUGACUCCUUGGCGUAUGAUUCGAUGAAGUACACCCUUGUGGUAGAUGAAAACACAACGCUUGAGCUGGUGAGCCUUAAGCGCUGCACCUCUGUACUUAGCGAGGACAGCGAUGGACUCUCAACGAUCUGUGAUGAAGAAGCGGUUGAUGAAGAUGAAUACAUUUAUGGGCGGGGCCAGAUGGUUGGAGGCAUGAGACCCGAUCUGCUUUUAAGCUCCUCUGAAGAAGACUCCUCCCCUGAGGCAGAUAUGCCUUUCUCCAAAAAGUUCCUCAAUGUGUUUGUCAAUGGCACAUCACGAUCCUCCAGUACAGAGUCAUUUGGGCUUUUCUCGUGCACAUUAAAUGGAGAAGAAAGAGACCAGACUCACAGAGCGGUCUUCAGGUUCAUCCCACGUCAUGCAGAUGAACUGGAGCUGGAUGUUGAUGAUCCACUCUUUGUUGAGGAAGAGGAAGAUGAUUAUUGGUAUUGUGGGUACAAUAUGCGCACAGGGGCAAGAGGGAUUUUCCCAGCGUACUAUGCCCAUGAGGUCGUCUGCCAAACAAAAGACCUGAUGACGAUGAAGAGGAACCGUGCUUGGAUGGAGAGUUUCCGAGUGCAGUUCCUGGGUUCGGUGGAAGUUCCUUAUCACCAAGGCAACGGCAUCCUUUGUGCAGCCAUGCAGAAGAUUGCUAUGGCGAGGAAGAGGACGGUGCAUCUCCAUCCCCCGUCUAUCUGUGAGCUGGAAAUAAGCCUGCAGGGAGUCAAACUUGUCAUGAGUUUGGACGAUGAGUACGACUUUUCAGGAGAGUUUGACAGAUGUAGUCACUUCUUCCAAAUGAAAAACAUCUCUUUCUGUGGAUGUCAUCCCAAAAACAACUGUUAUUUUGGUUUCAUCACCAAGCACCCGAUGCUGAACAGGUUUGCGUGUCACGUCUUCGUCUCUCAGGACUCUAUGAGACAAGUAGCCGAGUGUGUAGGGCGGGCAUUCCAGGAGUACUACCAGGAGCACUUAGAAUACGCCUGUCCUACCGAGGAUAUCUACCUUGAGUAGAGGAGGAAAAGGGUAACCAUGGCAACUGCUGUCCCUCAUGACAGAUGCCAGUUCCUGGGCUCGGCCACUAGGAGGCGCCUGGCAGCCUUUCUCAAAUGUAACAUAGGCCUCAUCUCUCUUCUCUUCCUCAGUCUCUCUUGUUCUCAUGACAUGAACUGAGAUGAAUACUCCACAUAGGCUCUUAGUGGUCUGUCUGUUGAUUUCAGUCGAUUAAUUUAUUAUCUUCAUUGAGAUGGAUUGCUCGUUUAUUGAACUUUUCUACUAUAUUAUUAGAGGGGACAUGGUUUGGGGUGGACACACCCUGUUUUUUUUGUUUUUUUUUAUAGUCCUGGUUUAGAAAUGGCAAAAUAUGACUUCACAUGUUUGAAUGCAUGGCUUUGAGGGUUAUGUUCACAAACGCACAUACACACAUGAAUGCGUAAAAAUGGGGAAAAAAGCUAAAUGCAAUCAGAGGUUUAAAUCUGAAGGCCAGGAUUGUAUGUAAAUAUGUAUUUGUCUGAUACAUUGCUGUAUUGGAUUUGUACUAAAAAGGACAGGGCAGCAGGACGUGACCUGGGAUCGGAUUGGUCUACAGAUUGCCUGUUCCGCUGUAGUAGAAGGUUUACUGUACGCUAGUGAUUUUACCGCGUUGUAAAUACUGUAUAAUUAGGGACGAUUGUAGGUGAACACAAAUGCUUCAUUACAUUACAGUGUGUAAGUAUCCUGCGUCAUCUGUCUGAUUGGAAGAAUGGGACGGAUUGCAGGUAGGCAGGGUGGUCUAUACUUUGGCGGAAUUACACGGAAGCCUGUGCAAAACAUGUCCGAGUCGUAUUUCAACACCCCCCCCCCCCCCAAAAUAUUAAAUUGACAAUUUUUUUGCCAUAACAUUGAGCCCAUUAGGAGGCCCAUUAAGACUUUUUACAUUGUGACAUUAUUUAAAAAAAUUAUUCUCAGUGUUGAUUCUCAUUAGAUUCUGAUUACUGUAAUACAGUAAUAAAAAUCAUCUUGUUUGGACACAAUAAUUUUUUCAUUAAAAUCAGUGCAGUACAGGAAAUACUACCACUGUACAAUUUCAAGAAAAUAUAUAUGCAAAAUGCAAAAUGCAAAAUGCAAAAAAAAAAAAAUUAUAAUAAUAAUAAUAUAUAUAUAUAUAUUAUUUUGCAUUUUGCAUUUUGCAUUUUGGUAACAGUAUGGAGAUGCUUAAUGGAAUGUUCCGGGUUCAAUACAAGCAAAGCUCAAUCGACAGCAUUUGUGGCACAAUGUUGAUUACCACAAAAAUGAAUUUAGACUUGUCCUCGUAUAUUAAAAAAAGUAAGUGAGGCACUUACAAUGGAUGUGAAUGGGGCCAGUCUAUAAACAUUAAAAUACAGUACACACUUUUUAAGAAGUAUAGCCACAAGAUCAUACAUGUUCACAUGAUUUUAAUGUGUUAAAAUCACUAACUAACCUUAUCUGUGUAAAGUUACAGUAUACCCAAUAUUACAACUUCAUUGCCAUGGUGAUAUAACCGGUAAACAAUUUUAUCAUAUUUAAAUCAUGCAGAACAGAGAUUUUUAUCACAUACAAAUCAUGUAAGCACAUGCAAUACUUUUGUCUUGUGGCUAUACUUUUGAAACAGUGAGCAUUUUAAUGUUGAUAGACUGGCUCCAUUCACUUCCAUUGUAAGUGCCUCACUGGAACAAAGAUUUGUGCAUUUUUUAUUUAUUUAUUUUUUUAUAAUUGAGGGACAAGUCGAGAUUAUUUUCUGUGGUAAUCAACAUUAUGAUUGUUUUGCACCCGGAACUUUCCUUUAAUUGACAUGUAAUGGGUCCUUACCGGCUUUAUUUGCUUCAUGCAAAAUAUGAUUUCUUUUGUCUUUUGAUUUUGGGGUGAAAUAUAAUCUGAACAUGUUCUUGGCAGGCUUUGAGAGAUUCACCCGGUUUGCAAAAGCUACGGCAGAGUUUUGUUGGCAUUCUAUCGAACAUUACUUCUAAAGCUCUAAACCUGACUGCCUCCACUUGUUACUAUUGUCUGUUGUUUUGAAAAAUUGUCAGGUUGUGCUUUGACUCAUACUUGUGCUUUUAAUGACAGGUAGAUAUUUCAGUGAAGUGCAAUGUCCCAAAGACAGUCCCUACCUAAAAUCCCCAGUUCAUUAGGAAACAUUGAAUGCAGAUGAAUCAGUUUGACCUGGAAAUUUCCCAUUCAGUUCAGUCACUGGACAAACAUUGCAUCAUAGUACACUGACACAGAAUGAAAUACCUUGGUGCAAUUCUGUUCUGUGGCAGUUCAUUUCUAAUAGUACAGCACUGAGUAACUGGAUCCCAUAUAUGCAAAUGCCGCGGUAGUCAUGCACAUGCAUAUGCAUAGAUGUUUAGGACAUUGCAAAACAAUCCUCCCGAUAUGAGUCAUUCACAGAAGCAGCUGGUAAAUAUAGAUUUUCUGAUCACAGCCCUUGUCCUAACCUUGACCGACUCUGCUUACACUGGACACCGCAGAUCCCCCUGCUGGGCUGGCUACAUAUACUAAAAACGUAUCUCAUGCAAACUGCAAUCAUGGGGCUGUGCAACAGCAGGGAAAUGCUCACAAUCAAGAAAAUAAAUACACAAAAUUUGUUAUGUAGUUUUUGAAAUCAGAUGAUGGCUUCAUAGAGUGUGAAACCUUCUCCGUAUACAUAAUGACGAAAUAAUGAAAAUGGCUAAACUAUUAUGUUGGAUCUAAUAUUUAGAUUUUGAUCGUGUCCUGUCUGGUAGUUCAUUCUAGAAUGGAGGGCUUCAUUUGUGCAUGCUGUAGCCUAUCAGGUAAUUAGACAAAUCAAAAGUUGGAUUUGAAUGCACAUGUGCAGGACUUUGUUCGAAAUACAAUAUUAGCAUACUGCCUACUACAUACUGUGCAGUAUACCCUGUGUACUGCAUACUUAAAACAAAUCGUAUGUGAAUCAGUACACAGUAUGCAACAAUAAACAUUUCAAAUGGUAGAAUGCAAAAUUGCCGGCACAUGACCUCAUAAUGUUCCGGGUUCAGUGCAAGUUAGCUCAAUUGACCCUUCCCUAAGCUCCGCCCCCCUUAGUUACGGUUGCUCGCUCUGACGAGCUCUGCAGAGCUCCCCAUUGGAAUGAAUGGGAAAUUGCCGUGAACGUCGUGGUUUUUGGCAAACUAUUCUCAUAAACGGUAUGGAUAGUAUUUUAAUGUGACAUUGUAGUGCAUAUUUAUCUGAAGUUUUUUGUAAAAGAAACUGUUAAAUUCAGAGGCGCAAAAACCAUAUAUGCAAGGUAUGCAAUGCAUAGGGGUGCCAUGUAAAGGGGGGCACCAGCGGCUCACUAAAGGUGGUGUAAUCGGCCUCCUCGACCCCUCCAACACAGUUUAAUCCAUAACAUGCUCUUCUCCAGAUCUAUUUAAAGAUUAUUUUUAUUUAAAAGAAAGGAAAACACAGCUUGUAUCCUCUCUGGGUAACUCGUGUCACUAUUACAAAUGACCCGGCAACAACAUGUUUUCCAUUUUUUGGAUUAUUUUGAUAAAAUCCCGCUUUAAGGUACUCAAACACAAAUUACUCCCAUAGUCUCUCAUUGGAAAAUAGCAAACACGUGUCAGAGUAAUGGCGGCAGGGCAACAGUUGCUAAGACAGGAUUGGUCAGAAGCGCUUUUAAGGCGGGGCUUUGCGAAGGGUGCUAAAAUGUUGAUAAUCACUAAAAAUGAUUUAGACUCGUCCCCCAUAUAUUUAGAAAAGAAACAAAAAGAGCAAAAAUGGUGGUUACAGUGAGGCACUUACAAUGGAAGUGAAUGGGGACCAAUCUGUAAACAUUAAAAUACUCACUGUUUCAAAAGUAUAGACACAAGAUGUAAAUAUUAUAUGUGUUAAAAUAAGUUAUAAUGUGAUAAAAUCGCUGUCUUGGCAAUGAAGUUGUACAAUUGGCUAUAACUUUACACAGGAAAGGUUGGCGAUUUUCUCACAGUAAAAUCAUGUAAACACACAUAUUGUUUAUAUCUUGUGUCUAUACUUUUGAAACAGUGAGUAUUUUAAUGUUUACUGAUUGGCCCCAUUCACUUCCAUUGUAAGUGCCUCACAGGAACCCUGAUUUGUGCUCAUUUAUUUUUAAAUUUUUUAUAACUGAUCAAAGAGUCAAAAUUGUUUUUAUGGUAACUUGUUUUGAACCUAGAACAUUUCUUUAAAUGCACAUGCGAAGGACGACACCAGGGCCGAGGCUAUGUUCGGAAUAGCAUAUUAGCAGUAUACACUGUAAACUACCUAUUUUCAAAAAUAGCAUGUGAGACAUUACACAAUAUGCAUUGAUAAACAUUUCUAAUGGUAGUAUGCAAUUGACUUAAGUCACAUGACUUAUUCAGCAAGUGGUGUCCAGUUAUCAUCCCAGUAAUAAAAUCUGUUAUUUAGCAUUUUUAAUCCAACUUUGUCUCAAAAUGUCUUCACUUUUGGCAAUCCAAUAAAAUAAGUCAAGAAGAUGUUAAAAACCACCCUGGAAAUGGAAGAUCAAGUUAAAUGCAUUGCAAUGUGGAAUGUAGUGCAGUGUACUCAUUUGUAUUUUGGCAAAUGUUGUAGGUCUUACAGAUAGUUUGCAUACAGCAGAAAUGCUAUGCUAUUUCGAACAUAGCCUGCAAUCUGUUUUCAUGGUGACCCAUUCAUAUCUGAGAGUGACACUCUCACCGAAGGCAGAAUGUGACUUGUUUUCGGUUAGAUCGCUGUAAAUAAUCUAGAGUCAGGAUUGCCAUCCUGUGGUAAAACGAUAUAUAUAGCUUAUUUGUAUCUUUGCGUUAUGUGCUGUCACCAUGUGCUGAAUAACAUGCAAUCGAUAAUGUUCUAACAGAUCUGCCGUGUCAAUCCGAUGUGUAAUUUAUCGUCAUUCCCAAGCAGACACGCACAGAUACACAUUGACCCCACAAAACUCCAUCCUUUGCAUUCCACCGUUGCAUCUAACAGGUCUAAUCAGCAACUGUUUUUGUGUCAUUCAUGAGCAAAUAGCAAUCAGUUACUUAAAGCUCCAAAUACUCCGUUAUGACUGUUACAUGUCAUUUUUGCGUGUUCAUAAAGUAAAUAAAUAUCUUAAAUGUUUUAGCCUUCACUUUAGCAAUUUGUAGUGACAAAUUGGCUGUGAAACCCCCAACACUUUCAGGCAGAGCAUUUAAUAGUUAUUGAUUACUUUAGCUUGGGUAGCUGAAAUACAAAGUUCUGGACUUCAGCUUACAUAAUUCAGUCCUUCACUGUAUAAUGGAAACAGCUUCAGUAUGACAAACUAUGUAUCUUGUAUCUUUAAAAAUGACAACUUGUAAAAAGAAAAAUACAAAAAAUCUCACUGCCUUGUCAUGGAUUUGGUCUUAUGAAUUAAAUACUAUAUGCUUGAUGUCACCUAAGUGUAUCUGAGUUUGUUUGGCAACUUGUGACUUAAUGCUGGGGAGAGCGAUUUUUUAAAGGAAUAAUCCGUGUUCAACACAAGUCAAGCUCAGUCGACAGCAUUUUUGGCAUAUUACCACAAAAAGUAAUUUCGACUCAUCCCUUCUUCAAAACAAGCACAGUGAGGCACUUACAAUGGAAGUGAAUGGGAGCCAACUUUUGGAGGGUUG